AAAAAAAAACAGAUUACACUUUUUUUUUUUUAUCUUUCAUUGGAUAAUUUUUCAACCCUGGUGAUCAGAGAAGUCUUUAAGUGAUCCCUUCAAAACAACCAAAAAAUCAUCACAGCUGAGUCUGGACAGGACGUCACGUCCAAAUUAAAACCCCAUCAGUGUUGAAAAAUGGAGCAGAGAUGACCUGGGAGAUGAAAAUGUGCUUCUGUACAGAGACCAGCAAUUUGCAGAAAACCAGCAUCCAUCUUUUAAGAACCGGGUGGAUCUGCAGGACAGACAGAUGAAGGAUGGAGACGUGUCUUUGAUUCUGAACAACGUGACGAUUAAUGACACUGGAACAUACGAGUGUCGACUCAUCCAGACAGGAACAAGUGGUCAGAGGCUCAUCAGCAUCAUCUACCUCCAUGUUGAUCCUCCAGACCAGAAAAACAUCACAGCUGAGGUUGGACAGGACGUCACUCUGACAUGUCGAGCUCCAAAUAAUAAUCCCAUCAGUGUUUUAAAAUGGAGCAGAGCUGACCGAGUGGGAGAUGAAUAUUUGCUUUUGUACAAGAAUAAGCGAUUUGAACCAGAUGACCAGCAUCCAUCUUUUAAGAACCGGGUGGAUCUGCAGGACAGACAGAUGAAGGAUGGAGACGUGUCUCUGAUUCUGAAGAAUGUGACGAUUAAUGACACUGGAACAUACGAGUGUCGAGUAACCCAAAGAGAACCAAACCAAGAGAGACCCAGUUUGAAGCACAUCAGCAUCAUCUACCUUCAUGUUGAUCCUCCAGGUGAGUGAGUAGAGUUGAGUGUGUGUGUGAUCAGAGGUGAAGCUGCUUCCUGGUUGUUGAUGUUUGUUUCUAAAGAUGUUGUUGAUGAGAGUUUGUAGA